AGACAGUGUAGUCUUCAUUGUUUCAGAACGAGGCCUCAAUACUUCUUCACCCGUCCUGUUCAUGUUCUGUAGACAAAUUCGAUGGUGACUGAAAAAAAAAGUUGCUUCAAAUUUCUAAUUUAGAUGGCAAGACACGAAGCGUAGCCUGUGUUCAAAUGAGAACAAAGUAAAUGCAGAGCGUAUUAAAUGAUGAGGAUUGGGUUGGAGACAUCCAGCCUGCCUUCCUGCCUUGUGGUGCGUUGAAAGCGCCGAUUGGCAAAGCGGCGUGCAGCAGGAGCCGCUGUGAUUAGGCUGGCUGCCGGAUCAGAUGGUCUCUGCAUCGCAGGGGGUGGGGGAAAGCAUCUCUUUGUCAUCCUGUCAUUUGCGGCCAGCACCUCUCUGCGCACAGGCUGCAUCUGCGAUCGGUGAUAAACGUGCUCUCACACGCCAUGUGAGCGGAGAGCAGCGGCAGCCUCGCUUCCAGCUCCUCCGCCUGCUGUUCCGUCGGCCGCUGCUUGCCUCGCUUCGCCUCUUCUCUCUCCGCCGCCGUGCUGGAUUGUUCUGUGUCUAACAAAGCCCGGUCUCAGGCUGCUCGCAGACAGCUGCUCUCGGAACUCGGUGGCUUCGGGUUGAAUGGUGGUGCUCCAGUGGCUCAGCAAAUGCAGAAAAGGGAGCAAAGUUUCGGUAUACAAAUGCUCACUGUCCAGCCGGACGCAAAGCCAAAAGGCUGUGCCGGCUGCAACCGGAAGAUCAAGGACCGCUACCUGCUGAAGGCUCUUGAUAAAUAUUGGCAUGAGGAUUGCCUGAAGUGUGCCUGCUGUGACUGUAGGCUGGGCGAGGUGGGAUCUACGCUCUACACCAAAGCCAACCUCAUCCUGUGCCGGAGAGACUACCUCCGGUUGUUUGGUGUAACAGGAAACUGUGCAGCCUGCAGCAAGCUGAUUCCAGCCUUCGAGAUGGUGAUGAGGGCAAAAGAAAAUGUCUAUCACCUGGAUUGCUUUGCAUGCCAGCUCUGCAAUCAAAGGUUUUGUGUGGGAGACAAAUUUUUCCUGAAGAACAACAUGAUUCUCUGCCAGACUGAUUAUGAGGAGGGGCUGAUGAAGGAGGGCUAUGCUCCACAAGUCCGCUGAUUGUCCAAUCAGAGGAAGAGGAAGAGCAGAAGUGAAAUGAAGAGACUGAAGGAGAGCAUGCAAUCACACAACAAAAUGCACUAUUGCCUCCUGUCCAGGUUCUGUACCCAACAUGUACAUAAACUGGGACUCACUCUACUGUACAGAAUGGCCAUAAAGACAAUGUGGCAAAAAAAAAAAAAAAAAAAAACUGGUGUAAAUUCACGUUUGUAUAUUUCAUUAUUUCUCUCUGACGGAUGUUGGCUCUCUUUACCUGACAAAGAAUAAACUAACUUUGCCCAGAGAGUGAUCACUAACCAAGUUCUGUUCCUGGUUCAAAGUUCACUGGUUUCAUUGUACUCAGUAACAGACAGCAUCCCGCCUGACUGUAGGAUUCAAAUACUUAAACUUAACACCAAGAUUAGUUUAUGCAAACCUGAAUCACAGGUAUUUUUUUUUUUUUACUUCACAACUAAACAGAUAAAGGGUCCCCUGCUCUCAUUACACUCUUUGUGGUUCAUACACUGCGAUCCUUUAAUAAGUUUAAAAACGGACAUUAUUUUCCUGCUCCUGUCUCAGGCUACUGUCUGUAAUCCUGUUCUGAGAAAGUUCAAGUCAAAUUUUUACUACCUGUCAAAUAUUGUUUUGGUAAGAUUCUGAAAACAUUGAAUAGAGUACCUACUGAAAACUUUUACUCCUUUGGAUGUGUUCCAGUCAGAUUGCUAAAGAAACUUAAGCAUUUAACAUUUUAACAGUCAAGUAUGUUUACAGAAGAGAAUAAAGCAAACCAUUGUGUUCAUUAAAUCUAUACAGUCAGAUGUUCUUACAAAUCAAUCAUUAUAAAUAAAAAAAAUUAAUCCUCCAAUGUCAAAGUCAAAACUGAUUUUAGCAAAUAACACAUCUAAAAACACCAGCAAAUAUACAAUACCAGAGCACUAUAUUAAUGAAAAAUGUCGAUACACAGAAAAUUUUUAAUGUCUUUGGGAUUCUCCUCCAGGAAAAUUGUCAUUUCUGUAAACACUGAAAAAACACUAAAAACAUGCAAUAACAAAAUUAGUAAAAAAUUAAAAACACAUCAUCACAUCCAUACUCUCAAAAUCUCAAAAACAGAUUCAUCCACUCACAUUUUCAAGUGAACGGGUUCAUUACAUUGUCUUGCUUAAAAACAUAAGAAAGUUAAUUCAUCAAGAAAGAAUAUGACAUCAGUCAGCGUAGUUAUCUACUCUGACUGUUGGUUCCCAGAAAGUCAGAGCUUUCUGGGAGUUCCAAUGAUAAAGACACUCUGAAGAAAAGUCAGAUUAAGGCAGGACUAGAGUUUGCCAAAAUACAUGAGGGAGACUCCAUGGCCAAAUGGAAGA